AUGAUUUUGUCGUAAUCACGCUCAACUUCCGGUACGAGUGUUAGCGUUUCCCUAGCUUGAAUCGGUUUGCUGUCGGAGGUUCUCGGCACAUCAUAGUCAUCUUCGUAAUCCUUACUAUUAUUGAAGGCCGCGGGUUUAAUGAUCAGCUUUACAACUGCUGCAACUGCCACAACACGGAACCACUGAUACAGCGCUUCUAUUACACAUUGCUGCUAACGUCAGCGUUAGCAAAGCAGCUGCAGGGAUGGCGGAGGCUACGGGGAUGUCAAGUGAGACGAUAACGGAGACUGUUGAAUCCAGCACGCCGCCGCCGCCCCAGCAGGAGGGACGAAGCCUGACAAUCAAACUAAGGAAGAGGAAGACCGAGAAAAAGGUGGAGUGGUCCAGCGACACUGUCGACAAUGAGCACUUGGGCAGACGAUCAUCUAAAUGCUGUUGCAUAUACGAAAAGCCCAAACAAUUUGGCGAGUCGUCCUCUGAAAGCGAAGGAGACGAGGACGAGGAAGGCUGCGGCAGCGCUCAUUGUAUUUUGGGCCAUGGCAGGAGAGACCAUGGACAGAGGGGGGCUGGAGGGCCGACGGCGCCCCCCAACUCCGGAGGGUCACACGGUCACUGAGAAGCUGUGUGUAUACUAAGCAAGGGAUGUGAGUGGUUUGUCAACACAACUGUGGGAUAUGACAAAACUGCACUCGUUGUUCUUUUUUUAAAGUUUAGUUACAUCACUGAGGUCCUUGACGGCCACUGGUGCUGCAUUCUAGUCACAGCUAACACAGUGAUGCCCUUAAUUGGAAGUCACCCGUUUUUUGCUUAGUACUUUGCCGGCAGUAACACAGAAUGAUGGGAUGAACGUCAGGUCAAUCUGGAACUCAUUGCUAAGAUUAUAAUGAUGGUGAUGGUGAUGAUGAUGAUGAAGAAGAUGAAUAGGCUUACUGGGUGUAUCUUGCAUGUUUGCACUGCGUUGCUUCACAACACACACACGAUCACGCUUCAAGCGUUAGCUUAGCAUGGCGCCGACUUGGGCAAUUAAACGAUGUCACAAAAUUGUCCAUUGUCGGACGGUACGAUUUGCCUCAGGAUUAUGACGGUCGUUAACGAAAUCCGCAAUUGGCUUCAUACCGCUAUCCCCAGGGUUCUUUUCCAAGAAGUCAACACGGUAAUGGCCAUUGGUCAAACCAGUGAACCUCUCUACUGUGUAUUUGUUUUUGUAAAGAAUUACAAUAGUGUUAAAUAGCAUAAAAUAUUCUCACACUGCCUGCAUUAUUGGCCAAUAUUAAUGAAACAAGUGAACAAAGUAACAGGAGAAUGUGGUUUGUGUACACAUAGCGGAGCAACAACGUGGCUAAGAACAGUCUGCGCGGUGCUACAUGCAAUAUACACGGAUCUAAGCAUGCCAUACAAACAUGCUGUGGUCAGGUUGAGAAAGGGUUAAAUGGCAGUCAUGUGACCAGUCAUUUUGGGUCAUUUAGCUUUGAAAAAUCUUUUUCUUAUAGACUUUAGACGUCAUCAUCAUCAUCAUCAUCAUCAUCAUCGUCGUCAUCAGUGUCUCUCUGGAGUGUAACCCGACUCUGUGAACAUGGCGGUGGUGAGUCACUAGAAGGCAGCGCACACAGUGGUCUGCGGUGAUGGACAGGAAAAGGAAGGCUGUUAAAACUCAAGUUUGCCAGAUACCAUUUGCUUCUACAUGACGCAUUAUUUAUUUAUUGUUUUAAAUUCCUGGCUCUUAUUUCACAUGUUAACAGAAAU